AUGAAUUACUUAGGUUUUUACGAAUCGCCUGUGAAUCUAACGGUUGAAUCAUUCCCGCAACGGUUGCUAGACCCUCGAGGAAACUGUUCGCAAAAUGUGCUCGAACGAUCGUGGAACGCACUACUAGACGUGAUUGGCGAUGAUCCGGAUACACUGUACGUGUGGUACUUGACGAUCUACUCCUACGGGCUGUUUUGGACUGUCGGUGGGCUGUUCGUGCUGAUGGAUCUCACCAAUCGGCCCAAGUUCCUGCGGAAGUACAAAACCCAAAGGGGUGCCAAUGAGCCGCUCGACUGGGACCGCUUCAGGCAGCUCGUCCAAACGGUGCUCUUUAACCAGAUCGUGUUCGCCAUUCCGAGUACGUACGCUGUGUACCAUGGCAGGAAGCUUUUCUCCGAUGCCAUACCGGACGUGCGGGUGCUGCCCUCGUUAGACGAAGUUCUGCGCGACAUGCUCGUGUGGGAAAUUGGCUUCUAUUACACGCAUCGGCUGUUCCACACCAGCUACUUUUAUCAACGAUUCCACAAGAAGCACCACGAAUGGCGCUCGCCAGUGGCACUGUCGGCCAUGUAUGCACAUCCGUUCGAGCUGGUGCUCAGCGAUCUGCUACCGGUGUAUCUUGGUCCAGCCAUUAUGAAGUGUCACCUGUUUACGAUGGUCAUUUGGAUGACCUUCGUCAUGUGGGAUACCCUCGGAGAUCAUUCCGGUUAUCAUCUACCCUUCUUGGGUAGCUCCGAAUCGCACGACUACCACCACCUAACAUUUAAUCAGUGCUACGGCAAUUUCGGAUGGUGCGAUCGGCUGCAUGGCACCAACGAUGAGUUUCGUAAAAAAAAGCAAUAUCGGAGGCAUUACCGAAUAUUCAGCUUCAAGUCCGCCAGGGAGCUUGUACCGACGAAGGAGUAA